GAAGUGGCGGCCCCGCGGCCGACGGGAGUGCGCUGAGGAUCGGGGUGGAGUGUUAAAAAGGGAGCGUGUCCAGCGAGACCCGUGGCCCAGAAGAAGGGAAGCGAGGCGACGCGAACCCCUGCACCCCACCCAGAGGACAAGGGAGGAGGGCCGAGGGCCGGGGCCGCUAGCAGCUGCUAGGCGCUCUUCGGUGACGCGGCCGCCACGCGCAGACGCGCUGACGGGCCGCGGCCUCCACGUCUCAGGUUCCGCAAAGGCCUGUGGGAGCGACCCGGGAGAAGGAGGGCCAAGAUGGCGGAAGCGGCGGAGUCUCCCGGAGACCCAGGGACAGCAACGCCCAGGCCCCUGUUUGCAGGCCUUUCAGAUAUAUCUAUCUCACAAGACAUCCCUGUGGAAGGAGAAAUCACCAUUCCCAUGAGAUCUCGCAUUCGGGAAUUUGACAGCUCCACACUGAAUGAAUCUGUUCAGAAUACCAUUAUGCGUGAUCUAAAAGCUGUUGGGAAAAAAUUCAUGCAUGUUUUGUACCCAAGGAAAAGCAAUACUCUUUUGAGAGAUUGGGAUUUAUGGGGCCCUUUGAUCCUUUGUGUGACGCUUGCAUUAAUGCUUCAGAGAGGCUCUGUAGAUAGCGAAAAAGAUGGAGGGCCCCAGUUUGCAGAAGUGUUUGUCAUUGUCUGGUUUGGUGCAGUUACCAUCACCCUCAACUCAAAACUUCUUGGAGGAAACAUAUCUUUUUUUCAGAGCCUCUGUGUGCUGGGUUACUGUAUACUUCCCCUGACGGUGGCAAUGCUGGUUUGCCGGCUGGUACUUUUGACCGAGGCAGGACCAAUAAACUUCAUGGUCCGGCUUUUUGUGGUGAUCGUGAUGUUUGCCUGGUCUAUAGUAGAAGACCUGAGUAUCUGGAAGUUGUAACCCUCAACACAGCUUUCCCUGAUUUGCUGCAGAGGCACGUGGCUAAUUAUAGAAAGGAAGACUAGAAGGGAAGGGGACUCCAGCAAAGGAAACCCUGUUCCGGGAAUUGGAAGGUUUCACGCUUUAGAUGAAAUUCAAGCAUGUGAUGUGCAUUACUGCCAUCGUGGCUUAUCACUUGCUGCUCCUGCUUCUGAGAUUGAGACUCCGUUGUCAUAUUCUUUAGCAAUAGGAAAGGUGAAGACUGGAUUUAAUUGCUGUUCAGAUUAUAAAUACUCAAUUGAUGUGAACAUCUUUUUUGCAGUGUAGUCUUAAAAGUCAAUCAUUAAUCGUCAAGUCUUUUGCCUCUUAAGUGGUUUAUUACAUGAGUUGAGUUGUAUCUUUUCAUUGUGGGGAUUUUCUUUUGGGCAAGGUGAGGGGGUCACAGGGCAUGGGGCUAGUAAGCAUUUUACUGUUUACUGUAUUUGUCUUUUUAUAAAGUGUCCCCCAAAAUGUGAUUAGAAGGCUGACAAGCCUAUAUUUGAAGGUUUAAUUGUGUACGUUAUAUAAUCUAAGUACUUACUGUAUUUGAACUUCCUGUUUAUUCCUGGAGAUGAAAAUGAAAAUCUCCCAUCAUUUCCAAUUCUUGGAUAACAUCAAGUCAUUGAAAUUUAUCUAAGGCCUAUCAUGAUAUGAUCAGACAUCCAUUGCAUGCAGUUGUUUUAUUCCAGAGUAAAAUACUGAAAUUGUGCUUCUUAAUUAAACUGUUCAUUUCUGA